CCAGUCCCAAGCUCCCAACAAUGGCGCUCACUGUCUCCAAAACACCAACAGGCAGCGAAUACAAAGUCAAAGAUAUCUCCCAAGCCGUCUUUGGCCGCCUCGAGAUCGAGCUCGCCGAAGUAGAAAUGCCAGGUCUCAUGUCCUGCCGCAGUGAAUUCGGCCCAUCUCAACCCUUCCAAGGCGCCCGCAUCACCGGCUCUCUCCACAUGACAGUCCAAAGCGCCGUCCUCAUCGAGACCCUCACCGCCCUCGGCGCCGAAGUCCGGUGGUGCUCAUGCAACAUCUUCUCAACCCAAGACCACGCUGCCGCCGCAAUUGCCCGUGACUCCGCCGCGGUUUUUGCAUGGAAAGGCGAGACCUUGGAAGAGUACUGGUGGUGUAUGGGGAAGGCUUUGGACUGGGGCCCAGGUGGUGGGCCAGACUUGAUUGUGGACGAUGGUGGAGAUGCAACUUUGUUGAUUCAUGAAGGGGUGAAAGCUGAGGAAGAGUACGAGAAGAGUGGGAAGUUGCCUGAUGUGAAUGGGUGUGAAAAUAGGGAGUAUAGGAUUGUGUUUAGGAUUAUCAAAGAUAGGUUGCUUGUGGACCCCACUAGGUAUAGGAGGAUAAAGGAAAGGUUGGUUGGUGUUUCGGAGGAAACUACUACUGGGGUUAAGAGGUUGUAUCAAAUGCAAGCUAAUGGGAGCUUGUUGUUUCCUGCUAUUAAUGUCAAUGACUCUGUCACUAAGAAGAAGUUUGAUAACUUGUAUGGAUGUCGACACUCACUCCCUGAUGGUCUCAAGAGAGCCACCGAUGUCAUUAUUGCUGGCAAGAUCGCUGUUGUCUGUGGAUAUGGAGAUGUUGGCAAGGGUUGUGCUGCUGCUCUCAAGCGAGCUGGUGCUCGUGUGAUUGUGACUGAAAUUGAUCCAAUUUGCGCUCUGCAAGCCCUUAUGGAUGGCACUCCGGUCCUAACCCUGGAAGAUGUUGUCUCAGAAGCUGACAUCUUUUUGACCACCACAGGGAACAAGAACAUCAUCAUGGUUCAUCACAUGAAGCAGAUGAAGAACAAUGCAAUUGUGUGCAACAUUGGCCAUUUUGACAAUGAGAUUGAUAUGCAUGGUCUGGAAACUUACCCCGGUGUAAAGCGCAUCACAGUCAAGCCACAGACUGAUCGUUGGGUGUUCCCGGAGACCAAUAAUGGUAUCAUUGUUCUUGCUGAGGGGCGUCUUAUUAAUUUGGGUUGUGCAACUGGGCAUCCCAGCUUUGUUAUGUCUUGCUCUUUCACAAACCAAGUCAUUGCUCAACUUGAACUUUGGAAGGAGAGGGGAGCUGGCAAGUAUGAGAAGAAGGUGUAUGUUCUGCCCAAGCAUUUGGAUGAGAAGGUUGCAGCCCUGCAUCUUGGAAAGCUUGGGGCUAAGCUUACCAAACUUACUCCUGCUCAAGCUGCAUGCAUAAGUGUUCCUGUUGAAGGUCCUUACAAGCCUCCUCAGUACAGAUACUGA